ACACGACCGAAGCCGCCUUAGUAGUUGAGCGAGCACCGCACCAGCACAUUCUACCCAGUAUCGGCGCACGAGUUUCCCCAGCCGGGUGUGUUGUUUGCAUUAUCGAUCGCAAAGGUUCGUUGAAGAGGCGACGCGAAGAAUGGGCAUAUUUCGCGAGUUUCCUAUAGUCUUCAAUCUUUACAAGAAGUACAGUUAGUCAGCGGUCGCUGAUCGCUCGUACAAGACGGGUGAACCUUCCUGUGGCCAGGCGCCCUCCAUUACUGACAGCUGUAAAUACUGAGGUAAUUUAAUUAUCGAGUGUAUUUCCUGAAGGAAGAUUAUUUUGAGGAUCGUUGUGAUUGCAAAGCAAACGCGCUCUUUAAAAAUUGUGUCAAAAUGUCGCAGAUUAUGUCAGGAAUCAUGGAGAAAAAGAAUGCUUUACAAAGAAAACCGACUCUGGCCAGACGAGUGUCCGAUAUGUUUAAGGAUGGAAACUAUAGCAGUCCACCGAUGCUGUUCCGACACGCAUCGAUGCAGAAGAUCCGCCAUUGCUGCCAGAAUCUCAACCUGCUUUUGUAUCUCCUCUAUUCCUUCGACAAUUCCAAGUCGCAUCCGAUAGCGCUCAAGAUGCACGUCAGCAUCAAUCGUUUCCUUCGGGAGAUCACCAUCACUCUCCUCGUCGCGUACGAGAAUCUGCGUCAGCUGAUCUCGCUGAGCGAGAUCCGCGUCAAGGAGCCGAUCAUCGCGGGACCUAACAAUGAUCUUGCUAAAUUCGCCGCGAGCUUCGGCGAAUUCCAAAAGCCGAAACGUAAACCGCAUCCUAUGUAUCUAGUCGCGGCCAUGUACCUCGUGCCAUUGCUGCUGGGCUUCCAAAUGGUGAUGCUGUGCAGCUUGACAAUCCUUGGCAAGUACACGCCGGGCUUCAUCUUCCUGAUAGCCGCGCUCCUCUUUCUCGGUGGCAUCGCACUCAAGAUAUUGUUACACAGCAAGUGCGAGAGGAAAAAAGUGCAGUGAUCCCGCGUCUCAUUAUCAUCUAAAGACAGUCAAAGAAGUGAGAGAACGAACGUUCGCAUAAUAUUAAGAUCGCUACAUAUGUUGUAAGAAUUCUUCUGAACAACGUCUUCCAUUUAUUCUUUUGUCUUCAAGGUUCCUUUUUGGAUAUGUCAGUCAUCGAUUUCUAUAAAUGUACACUCUGUCCUUUUCUUAUAAAUUAUUAAUUGUAUUGUAAUCCUCUUUUAUACAUUAUCAGCGAAGAAGGCUUUUCCUCAACAGUUUUAAGUACAAGUACAUUACUUAAUUGCAAUAAUGCGAUUAAGUGGAAACAUAAUUUUAAUCUCGUUCUCAAGUGUAAUAUUGGAGGACCACUUGCAUUCUUAGAUUUCUCACAAGGUGAACAUUGCUCGUAGCAUCUUUUUAUAUCCUCUAUAGCAUAAGACUGAGAAUUGUUUUUUAACGUACAUAAUUGUAUGUAGUUGUAAAUAAUAAAACGUGCGAGUGAGAAACGUAUACGGCAGAUUUGCAAAAUUGCUCAAGCAAGAAGUACACAACAUGGAACAUUGUUUAUAUAGGAACUCGGUAUGUCCAUUGAAAGUUGAUUCAAUCUGGGAUGGAGUACAAGUGAUAUGUCUCGCAGGAACUUGCAAUACCACUUAAUUACGCGUGAUAAGAAUUAUUGUUAUGUAAAUGCGAUUUUUUUCGAAGAACACUCACAUACACACACAGUGUGCGCGUUGUGCGUGUAUGCUUAUAUUAUAUGGAUAUAUCAUUUCCUACAAAAAAAUAAAACUGAUAAUCUGCUUUUA